CCCCCCCCCCAUGGCAGAAGCGCUGACGCUGGGAGCCAGGGGAUUGCUGAGCUCAGCCCGGGGCAGAUUUCGGGGCUUUAUCCGGGGCCUGGCUUAAGCCGAGCUCCUUGUCCCCGUCCUUGGCCCACUUGGGGCGGCAGCGGCGGCGGCGGCAGCAGUCGGGCGGUGGGCGAGCACUGGAGGCGUCGGGGGGCUGGCGCACGCUGCCCGUCCUGGUGCUGACCUCCACCGAGCGGGCGAGCCGGCGGGCGGCGGAGGCGAGGAUGGGCGCAGGGGCCAGCGCCGAGGAGAAGCACUCGCGCGAGCUGGAGAAGAAGCUGAAGGAGGACGCUGAGAAGGAUGCCAGGACCGUCAAGCUGCUGCUGCUGGGGGCAGGGGAGUCGGGGAAGAGCACCAUUGUCAAGCAGAUGAAGAUCAUCCACCAGGAUGGCUACUCGCUGGAGGAAUGCUUGGAGUUCAUCGCCAUCAUCUACAGCAACACGCUCCAGUCCAUGCUGGCCAUUGUGCGGGCCAUGACCACCCUCAACAUCCAGUACGGCGACUCGGCCCGCCAGGAUGAUGCCCGCAAGCUGCUGCACCUCUCUGACACCAUCGAGGAGGGCACCAUGCCCAAGGAAAUGUCAGACAUCAUUGGGCGGCUCUGGAAGGACGCAGGCAUCCAAGCCUGCUUCGACCGUGCCUCCGAGUACCAGCUCAACGACUCGGCUGGAUACUACCUGUCGGACCUGGAGCGCCUGGUGACCCCCGGCUACGUCCCCACGGAGCAGGACGUGCUGCGCUCGCGUGUCAAAACCACCGGCAUCAUCGAGACCCAGUUCUCCUUCAAGGACCUCAACUUCAGGAUGUUCGACGUGGGCGGCCAGCGCUCGGAGCGCAAGAAGUGGAUCCACUGCUUUGAGGGGGUGACCUGCAUCAUCUUCAUUGCGGCCCUCAGCGCCUACGACAUGGUCCUGGUGGAGGACGACGAAGUGAACCGCAUGCACGAGAGCCUGCACCUCUUCAACAGCAUCUGCAACCACCGCUACUUUGCCACCACCUCCAUCGUCCUUUUCCUGAACAAGAAGGACGUCUUCCUGGAGAAGAUCAAGAAGGCCCAUCUCAGCAUCUGCUUCCCCGACUAUGACGGUCCCAACACCUACGACGAUGCCGGCAACUACAUCAAGCUGCAGUUCCUGGAGCUGAACAUGCGUCGGGACGUGAAGGAGAUCUACUCGCACAUGACCUGUGCCACCGAUACCGAGAACGUCAAGUUCGUCUUCGAUGCCGUCACCGACAUCAUCAUCAAGGAGAACCUCAAGGAUUGCGGGCUCUUCUGAGCCCCAGCCCCCACCAACCCCCUCCCACACCCCCACCCCGCUG